AUGAUUGAAUCCGACUAUCCACCCGCUCCUCUCGCUAACGAACCUUAUCACGAGACGCUUUUACGAGCGAUCAAGCAGCAUAUUGAAACAGGAAAGAACAAAAUCGCAUUUAUCAAUGGUGACAAACCAGGAGAGACGACCACAUUUAAGCAGGUCUACGACAACGCCUACUCUGUUGCAGCGUUUCUGUACUCGAAAGGUUUUGGAAAAGACGUCGCAUGCACAGUUACGCCGAAUCUAUGGCAGUAUUCUUCAUUCUUUCUCGGCGUUUCACUAAGAGGUGGAGCCAUCUCCGGAGCAUCCGCUCUGUUCACUGACUAUGAGCUGCAACGUCAAUUCGUUGACUCCGGUGCAAAAGUUGUUCUUACGUGUGAAGACUACUUAGAAAAGGUCCUUAAGGCUGUUAAACAGAGUCCAAAUGUUGAGGUGGUCAUCUACAUCCCGAAAGGAGACGACCACCCGCUACCAGAUGGUGUUAUCAGCUGGAACGAAGUUGUCAAGUCACAGUAUUCAAACAAUAUCCCAAAACCAAAUGUCGACUUGGAUAAGGACGUCAUUAUGCUGCCUUACUCAAGUGGAACUACCGGACCACCAAAAGGCGUAAUGUUGUCUCAUCGGAACUUCGGCACGAUGAUUAACAUCUACAAACAGCAUGAGGCGGCCCACAUUAUGCCGCUAAUCGCCGAUGACUGGGACUAUGAGAAGGAAAAUAUUAUGUUGUUCCUGCCAUUCUAUCACGGAUACGGAUUCAGUCUUAUGAAUCUUACUCUCCUUCAAGGGAGCGCCGGGAUUGUUUUCACUCACUUCGAUCCUCAUAAAUUCUGUCGAGCUAUCCAGGAUCACAAGGUCCGCUUCCUACCUAUUGUGCCGCCGAUCAUGGUAUUUCUGGCGAAACAUCCCGUGUGUGAUCAAUACGACCUAUCGUCUGUAAAACUAAUAGUUUGCGGAGCAGCACCGGCCGGGAAAGAUAUUUGUGAAGAACUCUCGAAAAAGUAUUCGAACAUCAAAUACAUACAACAAGUAAAGGUCUUCUAUCAUUUUAUGAAGCCACACGUUGUGGUUGGAUAUGGAUUGACAGAAUGCACAAUGGCCUCACAUCUUCCAGAUCUUAAAAACAACGUUCCUUUUGGAAGUGUAGGGAAAAUCUCACCAAAUCUAUGCUUGAAGAUUAUCGAUCCUUCCACGGAAAAAGAGGUGCCGCCGGGAAUGAGCGGGGAGAUUUGCAUUAAAGGACCUACCGUAAUGCUAGGAUAUUUGGGCAGACCAGAUGCCACGAACAGUACAAUUAAAAAUGGAUGGCUACACACCGGUGAUAUCGGCUAUGUGGAUGAGUACCGUAAUCUUUUCAUCGUGGAUCGCCUAAAGGAACUUAUCAAAGUGAAAGGACUUCAGGUUGCCCCAGCCGAGUUAGAAGAUCUACUCCUAUCUCAUCCCUUAAUUCGUGACGCUGCUGUCAUCGGAAUUCCUGACGAGAGGGCCGGCGAGUUGCCACGGGCAUUCAUCGUCAGGGCAUCAGACAGUCUUACGGAAGAAGACGUCAAAAAUUGGGUUAAAGAAAAAGUUUCCCCAUAUAAACAGCUUGCUGGAGGUGUUGAGUUUCUGCGAGAAAUCCCUAAAUCGGCAGCAGGAAAAAUUCUACGACGAGUAUUACGCGAACGAGUCACGUCGAAACUAUAA